AUGGCGCAGCCCAUCCUGGGCCAUGGGAGCCUGCAGCCCGCCUCAUCCGCUGGCCUGGCGUCCCUGGAGCUCGACUCGUCGCUGGACCAGUACGUGCAGAUUCGCAUCUUCAAAAUCAUCGUGAUUGGGGACUCCAACGUGGGCAAGACCUGCCUGACCUUUCGCUUCUGCGGGGGGACCUUCCCAGACAAGACUGAGGCCACUAUCGGCGUGGACUUCAGGGAGAAGACCGUGGAAAUCGAGGGCGAGAAGAUCAAGGUUCAGGUGUGGGACACAGCAGGUCAGGAACGCUUCCGCAAAAGCAUGGUCGAGCACUACUACCGCAAUGUGCACGCAGUGGUCUUCGUCUAUGACGUCACCAAGAUGACAUCCUUCACCAACCUCAAAAUGUGGAUCCAAGAAUGCAAUGGGCAUGCUGUGCCCCCGUUAGUCCCGAAAGUGCUUGUGGGCAACAAGUGUGACUUGAGGGAACAGAUCCAGGUGCCCUCCAACCUAGCCCUGAAAUUUGCCGACGCCCACAACAUGCUCUUGUUUGAGACGUCGGCCAAGGACCCCAAAGAGAGCCAGAACGUGGAGUCAAUUUUCAUGUGCCUGGCUUGCCGACUGAAGGCUCAGAAAUCCCUGCUCUAUCGUGAUGCUGAAAGGCAGCAGGGGAAGGUGCAGAAACUGGAGUUCCCACAGGAAGCUAACAGUAAAACUUCCUGUCCCUGUUGAAACCAAACGGUGUAAAUACAAGAUCAAU